CAGGGCAGAGGUAGAUUUUGGUAGCCCGACUGGAAAAAUCGCUAGCCCCGGGAUGUUGGGCUAGCGAUUUUGCGAGCCCUGCACAUGUACCUCAUAUUUAUAGCAUCUAGUAAAGACAGGGGUAAAGAUGACAAUAAUGAACUAAACCACAAUCAGAAACAUCAGGGUGGAUAAAGAUGUAAUUAGUGUUGGAAAAUGAAUGACACCAACCUCUACCACAGGGGAAUUGUAGAAAAGGGGAGAGGCCAAAGUGGUACCCCAAAUUUAUAGGGUUGCACCAAAGAAGAAGUAGAAAAGGAUGAGGAGGGGCUCUAACUGAUAAUGAAGUUAACUACAGGCUUGGAGGUCCUAAAAGUCAGGUAUAAAAGUAACAGUGUGGGGUUUUGAACACAUUUUGUGUAAUUAUAAGAAUAUGUAAUUUAUGACCCGGUUACACAUUCAAAUGUCUUUUUUUGACCUCACACGCACACUUGAUUGUUCAGUCAGUGCAAAUACAGUAAUGUGCAAAAGUCUUAGGUUACCCCUCCUUUAAAUUUUGCUAUGAAAAUGAGAAAAAGAUGCUAAGGGUUAUUGAAUGAGGAAAUACAGGCUAUAAGGCAAAAACAGAGUUUUUUACAGUUCUGUUCUAUAACAUAGCUCGAACUCUCAUAGGCAGCUUUCUUGACAUUUCUUAAGUAGUUUUCAGUUUUCAAUUACGACACGAAAGAGCCGAUAGAUACAGAAAAAGGCUCAGACAUCUCCGUACCCCACUUAGCUCCUUGCAUAGUUUGAUGUGAAUACCAAAAAUCCUAAUUACAUAUGCAACGACCCCUCUGCUUUGCAAUUUAACAAACAGCUGAUGGUUCACUUUGUCAAAUGCUUUGGGCGCAUCUAAAAAGCACAUAAAACGGAUGUGUUCUGUCCCUAUAUUUGUAUAUAUAUUUAUGUAUGGAUCAGUAUAACGCUUACUCUUAAAACCAACUUGAUUAUCAGUUGUUGUUAUAUGCUUUUGAAAUCUGUGUUCAAACACUUUAGAAAAUACAUUUGCCAAGGCAGUUGGUCUCUAAUUAUCAAUUCUAGAAAUCUUCCCACUUUUAUCUUUUACUACUGGCACUAACGGAAAUGAUAACAUGGAAUCAGCCAUCUACAUUGAAGCAGUAGGGAUGUCUGCAGCAGAGAGCAACCAUGCGCAACGUGUCCUGUCUGCCCUGAACCAGCAGAGGGCAGUGGGCAGGUUUUGUGAUGCAUCAUUGAAUGUGGGAGACGGGGUAGUGUUCCUUGCUCAUCGCAACAUCCUCGCCUGCUUCACUGAACUCCUCCAGCAGUCAAACGUGCCUUCUGCAACAGAGUUCUGCCUGCAGGGAUGCCCCAGUGAUGGCUUGGAGCUGCUCCUAAACUUUGUCUACACCGGAGAGCUGAAGUUGGAUCCUCGCAACCUGGACAGAGUCCAGCAGGCAGCAGCCAGCCUGUGCGUACCAGAGGCACUCACACGCUGUCAGCAGUUCAAGGAGACCUCUAAGGAGCCUGUGCCUGUCAAGCGUAAAAGAGGUAGACCUAGAAAGUCUGCCUCAGACAUCACGAAAUACGAGCCCACCAUUGAUACUGCUGCAGCCAGUUUUACCACUGCUGCCACUACUACAGCAACCACCACACGCUCUGGCCGAGUAGUGAAGAGCUCCAGGCGACUUGUGACUAUCGAUGAGAGCCCUACAACUGAAAAUGAGUUGGCCCCGCCUCUUCCUGUGGAGAAAGAAGUUGGUGAUGCAGUUGUUGAGGAAAACCAAAACUCAGAUCAGCUAGCUGGUGAAACCGAGGUAACGGAGCUGCAGAUUAACGACAAUGUUAUUAGCCAGGUAAGUGGGGAAGUGGAAGCAGAAGACGAUAAUGAUGACGUGGAUAUUCCGGAGGAGAUUCCCGAAGACACAGAUGAGGAGUAUGUGCCUGCUACUAAGCCCGCUUCCUCAACCACAUCCCCGUCUACGGCGACUGGACAGAAAUGCAAGGCCCAGAGUCAAAAAAACAAAAACAAGAAUGGUCAGACGAUGGAGGACGAUUCUAAGAAGGCCUCCGUGCAGUGUCCCAUCUGCUUCAAAGCCUUCAAGAGCAAAUACUACCUCAAGGUUCACAACAGGAGGCAUACAGGGGAGAAGCCCUUUGGUUGUCUUAAAUGUGGAAGACGGUACUACAGGAAGGAGAACCUUUUGAUACACGAGAUGAGAGACUGUUCUAGUGCGCUGACGUACACCUGCCUCAUUUGUUCUACUACAUUUAACACAAAAGAAGCGCUACGAUUGCAUACUGUCACCCACACAGGAGAAAUGCCCCACAAGUGUUCAACAUGUCCUGAACAAUUUAUGUACAAGAAAAACUUGACAGUUCAUAUGAUGAAGGUGCACGGUUAUCCCAAACCACAUGCAUGUUCCCAGUGUCCCAAAACCUUCUUAACUCGUGCGGAGCUGCGUGUGCACGAAGCCGCCAAACACCGUGGAGAAAAGCCGUUUGUGUGCGAGGAGUGUGGCCAUCGGGCAUCUAGUAGAAACGGCCUGCAGAUGCAUAUCAAAGCUAUCCACAGAAAUGAGCGCCCUUUUGUCUGUAACUCGUGUGGCCACGCCUUCUCCCAAAAGAACAACCUCAACAUGCAUCUGCGUAUACACAGUGGCGAGAGGCCAUACCAGUGUCACCUCUGCGGGAAAACCUUUAGGACACAAGCCAGUCUGGAUAAACACCACCGGACUCACACCGGCGAGCGGCCCUUCGGCUGUGAUGUCUGUGAGCAGCGCUUCACAGAGAAAGGCGCUCUUCUCCGACACAAGGCCAGCAAGCACGAGGAAGGCCGCCCCCACUGCUGUCACAUCUGCGGUAAAACUUUCAAAGCGAGGGAGCAGCUGCGUGUCCACCUGCGUCGUCAUAAAGGCAUGAGGAAGUUUGAGUGUGUAGACUGCGGCUACAAGUUCACUCGACAGGCACAUCUGCGGCGUCACAUUCAAAUUCACAAGCGCACUGAGAACUACAACCCGCGGCAGAGGAAGCUGAGGAAUGUGAUUGUGCAAGAUGUGGAUGGAAGUCCGGUCGAGACCGAAGCUCCCAAAUCGGAGGAGGCCUCGCUGAUCUGUGAUGGGUCCACUCAGGAGUCCACAAACCGAGGAGCUGAAUCCUCAACAGGUCUCACCUCUGGCUGCAUCGUGAGGGUUGUGAUUGAGUCGAGUGAUGCGGUGAUGGAGGAGGUUAUUUCUAACCAGAACUUGGGAGAGGUCGAAUCCACGCAGACUUUUCCUGUGUUGCAGCAAACACAGCUGGUUACUGAGCCCUAUGAGUCCACGAUAGACAUGGAGGGAAUUGUUGAGAAUUUGUCAGAGAGCAAGACCUGAAGCGAGCAAGUGUGCAAAACAACAAGUCUGCUUCUGCUUCCACGCAUGCAAGAAAAGCAGAUUCAUGCACUCUGUAGUUUACACAGUAAUUCAAUUGCAUGUUUUUAAAUGCUGUUUGAAUGUAAAAUGUUAUUUUCCACCUUGUUAAGACAGGUUUUGUCAGUGUGCUUACAGCAGCUGGAGCUCAGUGUCACCUUACAUUGCUGAUUAAAGGAGAACGUUUUCCGUGCAGUCAGAAAAGCAUUUUCUUACUUUUGGUUACAAUGUGGUUACAGUGUACAAAUGUAGUAGUUCAGUGUUUUUUUUAUUACGGUUCCUCCAGGUGGUGGUUUUGUACUGGACUGCAUUAUGUUUCAGGGUGUUUCUAAUAUUCUUUGAAAUAGAAGAGUUGCAGAGCAGUAAAAUUGCACAAGUGUGUAAAAAAAAAAAAAGUAAAGGCAGUUACAAGGUGGAUGAGUGCUAACAACCAAUCAUGAAUGUAAACAUCCAUCCAUCCAUCUUCAUCCGCUUUAUCCGAGGCCGGUCGCAGGGGCAGCAGCCUAAGCAAAGGGAGGGGCUCAGAGUAGAGCCGCUGC